GCGGCAGACCCGGCCGGCUCCUGUGGGGGAGGGGAGAGAAUAUGCAAAUUAGCCCGUGUGAUCAUUUGCAUGUGAUGAUUGACAGCAGUGCGAGCAUCCCACUUGCCUGCUCCUCACUGCAGUUCUUCCCAUGCUCUGGUCCGGCCGGGGGCACAGUGAGACAGGGGCUGCUUGGCUGACAGAUUUUGAAGGGAUUUAAUGGUGGCCCACUAGAGACCAAGUUGAGCCUGGCCUGCUCAUUUUACUGGUGAUUCAAGAAGGAUUUACAGGCAGUAACUGAGUGAAGAGAGGCCAUGCCACCUGGUGAACAAACAUGAUGCACUUUGCCAAAAAUACGUAGACUUUACACCUGGAAAAUAUGCAGAGUACAUUGAGGACAUGGCUAAGUGGGAUCCUUGUCAAAGAUGGAAAAGGUACAGUCCUAUUUAACGUUGGAUGAAGAUGACUUGCUCUCUGACCUAAGCAGUGGGGACCUAGAGAUGUUGCUAUCAUUCCUGGUGGGUAAGGUACAUGAAAUCGAAGUGAGAGUGAGCACAGAGAAGGAUGAGAUCAUGAGACUUGAGACAGAAAGAGCACAAUACGUCACAGAAAGAGACAACUGUCUGUCACUGGCAGCACAGAUUGUGCAUUUGCAUCCAGUAUUGGAAGAGGAAUUCAAGACUCGAGAACAACUUCAAGUUGUUGCAGCUGAGCUGAAAAGGCUGAAAAAGGAUAUUGCUCAAGAUACCAGUGAGCAGCCAGAUGCGGCCAAAUUAGAACAGUUGAUAGCUGAAUCAGAAACCAUGAUAACCUCUCUCCAUCAGAAACAGCGUAUGUUUAAAAGCGAGAAAAUUCAUCUGACUAAGGUACUGGAGACCACCCAAAAUACGCUUUCCGAGGCACAGGCAGAAAGCCAUGCAGCUGAUCAGGAGCUGCUUCGCUUGCAGAAGGAAUGUACUGAGCAAGCUCAUGUGAAGUCUUUGGGGGAUAAUGAAACCGACAGACAGCUGGAUGCCUGCAUCAGACAGCUGGGAGUGUUAAACCUCCUCGCUAGGAAGAAGUGAACUUCUGUCUCCAGCAGGGGAUAUGUGUUAAUCAGCAGACCUGAAGUUCCGAAUUCCACUUGCAGAAGAUGUAGGCAAGUAGGAGGUGUGUGGCCACCAGUAUGCUGAGCCCCUCUUGUAGGAGGCAUGGGAAGAGACACCAUCUGGAGCGUACCUGUACCAGGUUAAGCAGCCUGACCGCUCCCCAAUUUGAUUUCAUUUUACUUCACUUCAUUCACCUUCCAGCUGUCCACCAGGACAUAGCAGCAAAAUAUUUGAUUGUUCUUCCCCAGUCUCGUCUUCUCUGGAUGCUGCAUGGGGGACAUGAAGCAAAACCUGCUGUAUGAUGAAUUCUGCUACUCUCUGUUUCAUGUAUGCAGGGUUUUAUUUUCAUAAAUAUUGAGACUAGUCCAAUGGUUUGUUGUCAUUGGUGUCAGGGAUGCAGAGACUAAAGGAAACCAAUGGUUUAAGAAGGGCCCAUUUCAGCCAAACUCUCCUGGCAUCAGCCAUUUCCAUGUCCGCUCACCCUGGGUUGUGUGGCUGCUUCCCAUCCAGCAAUAGAUUUCCCUUUCCAGCUAGUAGUCUAAUUUCCUUGUUUAGAUAGGCCAUAUCCACUGCGUUGAUGCACUUCUGUUGCUGUCUGAUUCCACUUCACACGGACCUAUCGCCAUUCUUUCCACUGGAUUGCCUUGAAGUUUCUCCAUGUUGAAAGUAGGGUAUCUCCAGGCAAUCUGUGGAGAUCAUCAGGUGUAUGUGAAACACAACUGGAGACGGAAGCCAUUUGCUGAUCUGGAAGCUGGUCAGCUCAUGGGAGACAAUGUACAAAAUGGUGGCUAGGUGUAAUUGUAAUGCAGUGCGGCUGGAUUUCUAGAAAGCUCUGAGCAGAGACAUGUUUUUGCAGAACUUCGAAAUAAAGUCAA